AUGACUUCAGCGAGAGGGAAGACCAAGAAGUCGUAUGUCUGCAACGAGUGCGGGCAGGGGGCCGCUAACGCUAAGUACAGAGACGUGCUCAUACGGCAUCUCCGUGUGAUUCAUGCAAUCACUAGCAGACCGAGGCCAAAAGGCCGUCCCAAGAAGUCGGCACCAGAAACCAGAGAACCAAUUUCUGAGGUUGCUGCCGUUGUCCCCGAAGAUAACAACGAUGAUCAAAAUGCCAGUCGGAAUGACGAUCCUCUUGAGGACACUGUGGGAACGGGUCCUUUGUUCACAACAGGGACCUCGCAGCCAACGGCAUCGCGCCAACCAGCAACCUCUUUUCAGCAUGGGAUGAACGUCGGCAAUACCUGGCCUAUGACAGGCAAUGGCAGCGACACGACCCUUAUGAACAACGCCCCAGUUAGCACCGACGGCAUUUCAUUGUUUGCCAGAGGUCCUCCCGUGAACAGUGGCCUUCUUUCGAUGGAUUAUGAGUUGUACCAAUUCGCGAGCACCAGCAGACGUAAUGUAUCGCUUCUCGGCUGGAUGAACGAGGAUGGUCAGAACUACUCCUCCACGAAUAUCCCAGGCCUCAGUAUGACAGAGAGUUACAUGCAAGGCUUCGACGAUCAAUUUCGAUUGCUGUCCGGACAGGAUAUACUGAAUGUCCCGUUCAUGCCAACAGGCCCUGUAUAUACGGCGCCUGAUCCAACCAACGUCCAAGCAGUUCCAGGAGAAUCACUUCCCACACCAUUGAUAUGCCAGGCCACUGACCCAGCUCCAUUGGAAGAGGUUGCGGACCCUGUGCCUGUGGAAAGGGACGUUGACUCCAAUCCAUGGCCAUUCGAGUGGCAUGCAACCAAGGAUGACCAGAAGAUUGUCCUACCUGAACUACGUUCGACUGACUCCCAGAGAGCACGAAACAGCACACAACUCACAGGUUCUGAUACAACACAGCGAGACUUACAAUUCUUCGGCGCCAAGGACACGCUUGAUGUCGCCAAACGAGCAGAUAUAAUUCAACUGCUAAGUCUCCCUCUGACGCGAAUACCAUGGCAAGAGGAUGUGAGUAUCCUGGGAAACCUUCCAAGUCCAGAUAUUCUGCAUCAUUUGAUCGAUCUGUACUUUCUACACUUUCACGAGCUGUGGCCGAUCAUUCAUCAACCAACGUUCAACGUCUCCAAAGUACCCACCAUUCAAAUCCUCUCUAUGGCAUACAUCGGUGCAUGCUACUCUGGGCUAGACAGUUCGCUGGAUUUUGCCGAUAACCUCGCAGAGCUAUGCCGUCGCACGUCCUCGUGGAUGGCUGAACGUGACCCACGCUUCCUUCGCUCGCCAUCCUAUGGGAUCUCUCUUCUUCUGCAACAUAUCCAUGCAAUCGGCUCGGGGUCGAGGCGGCUGUUCGAGAUGACCGAUUCGUCGCGCUCCCGCCUUGUUUCGAUUGGGCGUCAUAUGAACCUUUUCAGUGCUGGUCUGCACGCUUCUCGUCCAGAAUCAUCCACACGAACUGGGGAUAGGUAUGACAAUUGGCUGGAAUGGAUCAAGCGCGAGCAAAUCAAAAGACUUAUUUGGUUCAUUUUCCCGCCGUGCAUCAAAUUUGAGGAACUUCCUUCCGACUCCACCUGCGAAGAGUUACACUGGGACGCACCGACUGCUUACGCCUGGGCUUCGUGCCCGUACCAAGCACCGCCUCGAGGUCUACCAACAAUGCAGACUCUUCGUGCCCUGCUGAGCAGAGACGCGGAUAUAGUCUUCUCCCUUAAGCCCUUUGACCAUCUCAGCAAGCGCCUGCUGCUCCGGUGCCUUGGACGAUGCCUUGAGUCGAUACAAGAGCAAAUGGAGAGCGGUGUAUAUAACGUCCUUUGGGAAGACAGUGCAGGUCGAGCAGUUAUGGCCGCAACGAGAGCGCGAAUUUCAAUGUCGGUCAUGUCAGUCUAUCAAAGCAGUUGGGAGGAAAUCUCACAAGGAACGAGUCUGCGUGUGGCGCUACGAAUCGCCAUUGCCGCGCACUACAGUCACAUAUUCGCGGCUGGAAGGCUGACUGGGCUCACCACACGGGUUGCACGCAAGAGAGCCGGCGAAUACAACGCCACUCGAGUCUUACCCAACCCCGCCAACAGUGGUAGGACCACGCCCCAUGACGACGAGUUUAUCAAAGCGGCUUUUUGCGAGGAUCCUCGAAGCAUCCGCGAGUUGAUGUGGCACGCAUCUCAGGUCAUUUACCUCCAACGUCGACAUCCUUUCAACACGCCGCACGAGCCACUCUCGGUGUUCCUUGCCGGUCUUUCGCUCUGGGCUUUCCUCAAAUAUUUCGAUCCCGAGAGCGGUGAUGCACAGUCUGGCAUUUCGGUACAAUUGGAUGAGCCGUCGUUCUGCAGCCCGCCGGAAGCUCGACAGGCUAUCAAGGAUUGGAUCGAGAAGGGUGGCAAAACUUACCUCGAAGGUGUAGGAGACGUGAGAUCGCCGGAUGCGCCGAAGAGGAUCUUGACGUUGUGUGUGAACAUGACGAGAAGGCUGCAGGUGUGGAAAAUGGCAUCCAAAGCCUCGGAGAUCUUUGCACGCUUGUUGCAGCGUGAAGACCAGGACUAUGCUGAAAGUGUCUCGCUGGAUGCCAAUGUGACUUAG